GCCCUGCAGAGCAGCUCCGACCUGCGGGCCGAGCAGCUGGCCAAAGCCGCGGGAGCGACACGAGCACUGUCGGCGGCUACGCGACGUAACGGAUGCGUGCAUUGUCAAGUGCUGCGUACGACGACAAUCCCACGCGUGACAGACGCGCCGUGUCCUCUUGGGAGACAGCGCCACUAUAGCGUGCACGUUCAAGACUCGGAUUUCUCAGCUGCUGUUGCUGCACCGGCGUAGGCAGUCUGAGGCAUUCGGUUUGGCUCGGCCAACCCUUUUUCUUCGUGGAGUCCCGCACGAAGGUGGUGCUUGACAACUUGCGAGGAAGUGCGCUCCCGCGAGCCUCCGUGCGUUGUUUCUGCAACUAGAGUUCCCUCAAGGCAGUCUAAAAGAAAGUCUCGCGUGUCCUUUCUCUCUCGUUUCGGAGUGACCCUGGCUGGAUGGACACGUGGCGACGUGACUUCGUGUUCAUCGCAAAGAGGCGCGAAAGCGGCGAAACGACUGGUCCGGGCCGGAAGGACUAACAGCGCUGGGCCAACGCCGGCGCGUCUCUAGCAGAAUCUCUGCAGAAGGAAUCAUCGACGAAAUAUGUCCCAUUCACUGCGUAUUCGCGUCCAGGUCGAAUUCAAGUUCACGAUGAUGUGCUACUCCGUGGCUGCCUGAACCCUUUCUUGUCCAGCGUCUUCUGUGGUGCGAUCAACUGGACCAACAGCGCGCUAGUGGGAGAGGGCUGUGCGGAGCCUCCUUAGCUUCUAUACUCGGCCCUCCGAAGCGCGAUCAGUACUAAACGUCGGAUGGGGACGUCGCUGGACAUCGCGGCGGCCGAGGACGAAGAGAAUGUUGCUGCCGAUGGAGAGGUCGCUGGACGCAAGCGGAAGGGACGCUUGCGGUUUCGCAGGCUCUUGGAAUGCGCAAUUCACGUUAUAUAUAGUCACAAAAGAAGCAAGAAAACAGAGUUACAACAGUCACAGCAGAGCCAGCACGAGAAGGCGUUCGUGGAGUCCCAGACGGCGUCGCUGAAGCGGGUGGUGCGCUCGUCGACCAAGCAGGCGAGUUGCAUCCCGCGUUUCUACUACCCCGCGGGCAAACCAAUGACGCCAGCGCAGCUGGACGCGCACCUGGUCAAGGUCAAGGCAGCCUUCGCCAGCCUCAGGGAUGGCCGGGCCACCAGCACAAACUUCAGCACCAUCAUCAGGGCGUGCGGGGUGCCUCUCUACUGGAAGAUGCCGCUGUUCGCAGCCUGCGGAGGAGAGUCCCGCGGUUACGUCACCAGCGACGUCUUCAUCGACUUCUGGAAAAGGAUAGUGUCCACUGGACGCGACGAGCCGACGUGGUUCGUCAAGAUCCUCAGCAAAGCGACGAGGAACUACCUGGUGCCUGAGGACUUUAUUCCCAUGAUGCAGGAUGUGAUAGACACCCAUCCGGGACUCACCUUUCUCAAGGAAGCCGUGGAGUUCCACUCGAGGUAUAUUAAUACGGUAAUCGCUAGGAUAUUCUACUGUGUAAAUAGGUCGUGGAGUGGCAGGAUCACCAUUCCCGAACUCAGGAAAAGCAAUUUCUUACAGGUUUUGUCCCUGCUGGAAGACGAGGAGGACAUCAACCAGAUCACUGAGUACUUCUCGUACGAGCACUUCUACGUCAUCUACUGCAAGUUCUGGGAGCUCGACAAGGACCACGACCUGUACAUCGACCGAUACGAUCUGUCCAGGCACAACGAAGGAGCUAUCUCCAUGCGGAUGAUCGACAGGAUCUUCUCUGGCGCCGUCACGCGGGGUCCUAUACAGAAGGAAGGAAAGAUGAGCUACAGCGAAUUCGUCUGGUUCAUCAUGUCCGAGGAAGACAAAAGGCAUCCGAGGAGCAUAGAGUACUGGUUCCGAUGCAUGGACAUUGACGGCGACGGGUACCUGUCGAUGUACGAGCUGGAGUACUUCUACGAGGAGCAGCUCACACGCAUGGAAGCUCUGGGCAUCGAGACCCUGCCUUUCAGCGACUGUCUCUGUCAGAUGCUGGACAUGGUGCAGCCCAAGCAAAAGGGCAAGGUGUCGCUGGCCGACCUGAAGCGGUGCAAGAUGACGCCCAUCUUCUUCGACACUUUCUUCAACCUGGAGAAGUACCUAGACCACGAGCAGCGUGACCCCUUCGCCUCGCGGGACCACGACGGAGACGGAAUGGAGAUUUCCGACUGGGACCGGUACGCCGCCGACGAGUACGAGCUUCUGGUGGCAGAAGAAGGGAACUUUGAGAAUCACGAACUCCUGUACAGUGAUUACGACCCGGACGAUGACGAGCUGUCUCCAAACCUGGAGAAGCUGGCGGCCCCGCUGCGCUGUCGUACGGGCCGCCCUGGACGCCUGGACGACGACGAGUACGACUACGCAGAGUCGGACACCGACUACCACUACUGAGACUCCAACGACAAGGACGGAGUGGAACGGCGUCCGCGUGCAGUGUACGCGAGCUGCUCGCUGCGUUUUCUUUUUUUUUUUUUCGGCGAGAGACUCCCGCCGCGUGCUCAGACCAGCGUCCGACGUGCGCAGCAGUUGGAGGCAGACUCUCGUGCGCCUCUUCCCGUAUACGCGUGCCCCGAUGCGUCCACAUUGGGAGCUGUUGUUCUCCGAAGCUACCGGAACUAUGCAUCAACUCGCUGUCUGUGAUUGUCUCGCUGCAAGAAAUGUCGUGCUGGUGCGCGCACUGCGGAGACAACUUGAAUGCCAAACGCGAAUCAUUUGACGACACGUCACGCGAAAGCACUUGUCGUACCGCCUGUCUUUGGACGUGAAGUCCAGCCUCCCUUGGUCGUCCUCUGUAGAUGCGUUCUGUUGGACGUCCUCAUUCUACGGAGUUCGAUGCACUUUUUAUACAUCCGUCCAAAUCAUUUACUCGUUACGUGGAAGGCGCGCAGUCUCGAGACUCAAAGCGAAACCGACGGAAGAAGACGCUCUUGCUUAUCGGGAGGCUGACUACUGCGAGAUUGUCCUGUUUGUGGCUUCGAUGCGAGCAAAGAACAAUACGCUGCCAAAGAAUACUUUCCUUCGGUAAAGGAACCAGCCGAAAUCACAGUCGUGCAAUACUUUGCCAGUCCGCCAACCGUCGCCGGUGCCGUGCGCGCAGGGCGCCGAGGAUGUCUCACGCUUCUUGUGAUGCUCGCGCGGGGGUGUCGAUUUGGUUAACCUGUCGAGGAAGGCCCGGCGACCGCCUCUAUGGGACACAGUUCUUUGUGCUCGGUGACGCACUUUUUUUUUCUCGACACUUUACCUGAAUGGUUUUUGCUUGUGUGCGAACGGACACCAGGCGAGCAGCCCCGAAGUUGAUCUGUUUGUGAUGCAUCUAGACCUGGCACCCGCGGCACGAUUGUGCAUCGUAUAGUUUCGAGGUUUUGGGUGUGCCAUGGUGACUGUGCAUGUCAAUAGGAACAGCUCCGCAGUCCAUCUGAUCAUGGUGCUUCAAGAUCUGACGUUCACGGAUGACUGUUGUGCGUGUGGUGCAUCGAGGUUUCAGUGCUAUAAGUGGUGAUUGCUUAUUCUGAUAGAAGUGCGUGCUGUUCUAUAUAUGUCCUGCUAAACACUUAGAGUCAAGGCACCUCACAAGAAUGAAGAGUAAGCUGGCAAGCAGAACAAGAGCUAACCGAGGAUUAUGAUUUGCAUCAUAUGUGGAACGAUAGUUAGGUUACAUUUUGUCAGUGUAAGGGUAUACUGAUUAGUCUUGAGUUAAACUAUACAGCCACGCAAGUGUUGUAGCGAUGGACACCGAACGCUUGUUCACGCCUCACUCUCUGACAAGCGGCCUGGAACCGCAGUUGUACCAGAGCAGCUGUAGAUAACGCGUGUCGUUUAUUGUUGCGUCACCUGUGUAUAGAGCUUAUGUGACGGCUCGUGGAGGAGUUGUUGGGGUCAGAUUUCUUCCGAGCAUAUCUGGCCGUCAUAUAGAUUGUCGAGAAGUCCGUUAGGUUUCCCUUGCUUCGUUUCUUCCCCUCUAUCUUUCUCUUUUGUUGUGUGCAAAUUCGCGCUAUAUUUGGGGGCGUGUAAAUGGUCACUUAUUUCUGAAAAGCUUAUAUUUGAUAUAUGUCCUUUGUUUCGGGAACUGCAAGAGAGUAGACAAAAGGAUGACACUAAUAAUCUGUUUCGACUAUAUUUAUUGUUAUUGUUGUGGUAAAUAUAUAAAAGCUUGUGAAGAUAUACAUAUAUACAUAUAAGGAGAACUUUAAAAAUGGGUAAUACAUUUAUUAAAGUAAGCUAGGAAAGAGAUAUAAAUGAAUAGUCUGACGCACUCUGAUGAAGAUGUCAGCUUUAUAUUUUAUGUGCAGGAAAAGGCUCGAAGGCUCGUCACAGUAACAUUCGCAUUUUGUAAAUACAUAUACGCUCAAGUGCCAAAAGUACGCACCAGUCCAAGCCACGAGCACAACUAUUCUUCAAAAUGGUGAUUUGUCUGAGCCUUGGAAAACGCGACGAAUGACGGAUGCACUGUUUGUGGGAAGCGAACUUGGCCUUUGGCCUUUCUAAGCUUUAUAAGCGUUCCCACUGCUGGAUAGGAAGUCUUGGGAUAUGAGGCAAUCGACGACAUACUAUAGUGCAUGUGCCGCUCGCUCCCAAUUUUCGACUGACGAAUCUCAAGGCCGACAGGAGCGUUCCGCGACGGUUGCAUUAGCUAAUCUUUGUGCACUGCAUCAGCCACGCUUAACGCUUUGCUAGACAUCGUAUAAGGAAGCACUCUUAUCGUGCAUCCAGUGGACAUUGCGAAGACGGCGCAUCGGAACUCCCUGCCAAAGAAGGAAUGUUGUCUACUUACCGAAUGCAGCACAUCGUCGCAGGAAGUUAUAAUGCCUUGAGAGUAUAUGUCUGCUAACAGUCCCGAAUUGAUGCAAGCGUGCCGCGUAUAUAUUGAUAAAGAGGGUCUUCCGAGUCCUGAAUUCGCCCUCUUGCAACAACCACAUGUCUCUGCCGUAAUCAGGCCUUGCGAAUCUCGGAGCUGGAGCCGCCCUCGCAGUGUUGUAAGCUUGCCACAUAUUGCAACUGGCAACAAAGUGUGACUCGUAAGUUCUCGAACCUCCUGAGCCCAAGUAUACUAAUAUUUUUUGGUACUUGCCAGCGCCUUUACAGCAACAAAAAGAGUCACAAAAGCCGUGCCGGCAGGCAGCGAAAAUCUUUGUGAAACGCGUUACCAAGAGAGGACAGAGGGGUCGGGAUAACGUCAAGGAGGACUUUCGUCUAACGUUAGACUAAUAACACAAUUACAUUAUAAAGAAGGAUAGUUUGUCGUGUAGCUAAUCCAGGUAUCGCCUGAAUCGAAAUCGAACCACCAAAGCCAAAUACAAACUAAAGUUAUCGAUUUCAUUCUACCAGCAGUCCUCCUGCCGACCGAACCAUUCGUCUCCUUCGCCUCAAUUUUCGGAAGACAGUUACCAACUCUACCCAGGAGCUAUUUAAAGGCGAAGUGUCCGCAGGGUUAGAUACGAUGGCACGACUUUUACUAUUGCUCGCAUUUGACAGAGCCCGGUAAACGUGGUCUCACUGGCACUGUUUCGAAUCGCGUGCUCACGGAGUAUCACGUAGACGAGCUCGAUGCUACCAUCUGCCGCAAAAGCUCAUAGGUCAAAACGCUCGCUAUGUGUACCAGAUUGGAUAUACCUCUGCAUGGUGGCACCGCACUGACUGCCGUUGGGAGCAUGCGACAGACGUUUGUGCCUCUGUAGACUUGUGCAAGCAGAAAGUAGAUCAGAUUCGCCCUGACUUAUGGCCAGUCAGUGCGCGAGCGAGGUGGCCUGAGGACUUUUGCGAUGUGUAGUGCACGUGUAAUCAUCACCGGUUGUUAUGCGGAGGCCAAGAAAGUACAGAUCACGCGUGUCGCAAGCCGUGAUGUGCACAGCUCGCCGUGCUGCAUGUUAUAUUUUCUCUCUAGUCGCUUAGACCAAAGGUUUCGGCAUCGGAGAAUGCUUAUGCGAGUUCAUGCAGACUCGUAAUGUAAUCGGAAACCGGCACCGUUAGUAUAGUUGUGCUUCAGCAGGGAAAUGAAGGGCUUUAUGACCUCAUCAGCAUACACGCGCUGGUCCGGCCCUUUUGUUUCGUUUGUCAAUGGUGGACAUUAAAGCAAAUAACGUAAUCCCCUGCUAAAACGACGCUCGAUUACCCGGCUCUAGCCAAACUCAACAGAAGGAAGAAAGGACACUGGGAAAGUGGCAAGUCACAUUGUCAUUUCGACCAAUGGAUCGACGCUAUAAAGCACUCAGCGAAUGGCUUCAACGUGAGCCAGCCAGGUGGUGUAACAUCCAGAACUGGCAUUUGCAGAUCCUAGGAGUUCUUCAAUCGUAUGCGAUUAAUGAUCUCCAAAAACAUCUAUAUGUAGACCGUCGAAUAUGCUGCGUUACACUAAUAUUUUUUAUCAGAACUUGUUCUCUCCACCCCAUGCGUUCGGGAACAAAAAACAGAGAGCAGAAAAAUUGACCAACCAAAAGGGUAUGCGCGUUUUGUAACAAAAUGUUCAGCUCAAGCAAAACAUAAAGCAGCGUGGAUAGCGGAACUUCAGCGACAUGUUAUUCGUGAAUUAUUAUCAGUCGUAGCAUGUUAUACGUAUCACAGUUCUUGUUUGUCCGUUUUUAGAUUUCGUUUUGUUACUGUAAAUGUUUCUUGAUUAACGUCUCGCAGCCCGACGCAGAGCUUCGUUAACCCUUUCUGGUUCACUAAUUCCUGCAGGAAUCGCGAAUGCGCGCCUCGAGGUACAUGUCUCACCGAGACAAAAAAGUCGAAGUGAUAACUAAUAUGAGAAAUCACAGUGCAAAUGGUCUUCAAAUAAUUUGCGACCAUAGUUCAGACAUUGAGUAACGCGACUUUAGGAAUCUGAAAUGUUACCAGCUGCCUACAGUAUGCAGAGCUCUCAAGAGGAGGUUUCGAUAUAUUACAAAAAAAAAAAAAACCUACACUGGAAAUAUUACGUUUGUGUGUAUGUGUUUGUUUGUUUUUUCCUUUCUACACAUAAUAUACAUGUGUGACGCCAGAAACAAAAAAAGAAUCGAACCAGAAAGGGUUAACGAUAGCAGAAUGCGUUUUGUGUUUUUCCUAUAUUGUCGUUUAUUUAUUGUUCGUAGAGGACAAAAAACCUGCAUAGCCAAGAAAUAUGUUACGAGAAUAACAGUGCUGCUUCAGACGUCUCUGUCAGUAAACCGCAUUUGUUGCGAGCUGGCAGCACGCUUGGAAUUGUAGGCGCUACGCGACAAGCUCAAUGUGCGUGGCGCCUAAUUGUAUACACACCACUCCCAAUCGUUCGAGACGCGCGCGCAACAAGUUAUUACUAUUUAUUCGGCAGUUCACGUUUACAUUUACAAAGCCCACAAACCGUCAUUGUUAUACGUGACCACAUUGUAUACACGCUUCGACGACGAUUUCCGAAGGCGACACACAAAUGUGUUCAUAUACUGUAAAUAUGCGUGGCCUGUGUAGCGCGCAACAAAGUUUCUGAUUUAGAAGUCUGCUGGCCGCAAUUCUUCCUUCUGUCAAUUACACGUCAGUGGUAUGAUCACAAAAAUAUUUUCAUAUAUACAUACAAAAAAGAAUCCCGCUCUACUCUUUCGUAGUAUUUCUCGAUUUCAACUGCUUCUUAGCUCGAGCCUUGAUGCGCUCAAGAUAAGAUAUAUAGCGGUUGAUUCGAGCGGGGAGCGUACUUGUUACAUCAGCAGUGUGGCUGGGCCUUGUUACACGAGUUCUGUAUACGCUCACUUAGUUAAUAGAGUCGUUUACCUGUUGUUUUCCCGGUUCGUUUACUUGUUUUGUAAAUAAAAACAAAGAAAGCGCAUGUGUGCAUACCGAGUGACGUUUAUCCACGUAUCGCUUGUUUUGUUUGGUUGUUUCUGUUCUUCUUCUUCUCAAGCGCACGUUAAUGCACGCAUUUGAACUUGCUUCUGUGUUCCUGCUGCGCAUGACGCCCACCGAGUGAGUGGCUACCACUUAUAUGCGCAACACACGUCGCUUUCGAAGAGUGCUUCUACAGUUACCUCGAUGAUAUACUGACCACCAGAGGCCACUUGAAUCGGGGUGCGCAAAGCUUUCUGUGCCUCACUGUCGCGAUAUUAGUUUUUUUUUCCCACACUUUUGGUUUGUCUCCUCUACUUGUUCUGUUAGUGAUGUGCGAAGAGAGUUUCUGAAGUGAAAUAAAAGAGAAGACUUCAUAGGUGUUGCGA